AUGGCAACUUUCAACCUCACCCCUUCUGGCCCUUUAACAUUCAUCCUAUUGGGCAUCCCUGGCCUGGAAGCUGACCACAUCUGGAUUUCCAUCCCUUUCUUUAUAUUCUACAUUAUCAGCCUGUUGGGAAAUGUCACCGUUCUGUUUGUUGUAGGCAAAGAGCAGGCCCUGCACAAGCCGAUGUACCUGCUGCUCUGCAUGCUGGCGCUCACAGAUAUCGGCAUGUCUACCUCCGUGAUGCCAAAGGCACUGUGUAUAUUUUGGUUCAAUUUGAAACGCAUCACUGUGGGUGGCUGCCUCACCCAGAUGUUCUUCCUUCAUGCAGCUUCUGUUAUGCACUCAGCUGUCCUCGUGACAAUGGCCUUUGAUCGCUAUGUUGCCAUAUGUAACCCUCUGAGAUAUGCCAACAUUGUCACCAACGCACAAAUAGCUAAGCUAGGGCUAGUGGGUUUGAUAAGAGCUGUUCUCUUCGUUUUGCCCCUGGCCCUGCUCCUGAGCAGGCUGCCAUUUUGUGCAAACCACAUUAUCUCCCACACGUACUGUGAACACAUAGCUGUGGCAAAUAUAUCAUGUGGGGACAUCGCAGUCAAUAGGAUGUAUGGCUUAAUUAUAGGAUUUGUAGUCAUCGGUUUAGACCUGACACUCAUUGCCCUCUCCUACUGUCUGAUCAUCAGGGCUGUCCUUAGAAUCUCUUCCAAGAAAGCCCACCAGAAAGCCCUCAACACCUGCACAGCCCACAUCUGUGUGAUGCUGACGUCUUAUACUCCCUCCCUCUUCUCCAUUCUGACACACCGGUUUGGUCAGGGCAUCGCUCCACAGGUUCACAUCAUCUUGGCCAACUUCUAUUUUGUCAUCCCCCCCAUGCUCAACCCUAUCAUUUAUGGAGCUAAAACCAAAGAGCUUCGUGACAAAGUGGGCAAAUACACCUGCAGAAUGUGA